AUGGAGGGAAAAAGACAACUUGAGAAAAGGGACUUUGGAAAAAGGCUGUCUCUAGACAGCAGUCUUGUGGAAUACAUGGACUCCAAUAAAUACAUCGAGCACCUGCUAACCCAACUCGAGGAGCAACACAGAAGUCUCUGGAGGGAGAAGUUGGCAGUGGCCCGACUGCAGAGAGAAGUUGCCCAAAGAACAAGUGAGGGGGCCAUGCAUGAGAAGCUGAUACAUGAACUGGAAGAGGAGAGACACUUACGUCUUCAAAGUGAGAAGCGGUUGCAGGAGGUGACCCUAGAGUCUGAGCGCAACAGAAUUCAGAUGCGUGGCCUGCAGCAGCAGUUCUCCAGGAUGGAAGAAACAGUACGAAAUCUAUUGCAGAGUCAAGGACCUCCAGAGCAGAAAAAAGAAGACACUGUUAAUAUAAUGGUCUAUCAGGAAAAACUGUCAGAAGAAGAGAGAAAACACAAGGAAGCUUUGGAAGAUCUUCACAUGAUGGUGGACGAGGAUUCUAGGAGCGAAAGUAGCAGUGCAGAUGAGGGAAAAGAAAAGACCAAAUUGCUGUUAGAGAGAUUGAAAGCUCUAGAGGCAGAGAACUCAGCCUUGGCUUUGGAAAAUGAAAAUCAAAGGGAACAGUAUGAGAGAUGUCUUGAUGAGGUAGCCAAUCAAGUUGUUCAAGCUCUGCUCACUCAAAAGGAUCUAAGGGAGGAAUGUGUAAAGUUGAAAACAAGGGUGUUUGAUUUGGAACAACAAAAUCGAACAUUAAGCAUCCUAUUCCAGCAGCGUGUCAGACCGACUUCUGAUCUGCUCCUGCAGAAACUUCACUCACGCAUCUUAAAUCUUUCAUCUGGAGAUUUGCUUUCAGAAGUGGAAAGAAGCAGAAGUGUGACACAGUCACGAACUGAUGUUGAGCUGCACGAAUACCAACUGAAUGCAAAAUCAGGAACCCUGGCUUUGAAAUGCCCAGGCUUGGGGGUUGUUGUCCCUGGUCAUCUCUGUCCUCGAAACAGCUGCAGCAGCAGUGAACUGUCUCUUUCAAGCACCUGCAGCGAGUACUCCAGCGGCUCCUCCUACACGUGGCAUGACGGGAAGAACCUCAGGAAAAGGCAGUCAUCACAAAACUGGGAUAAAAGGCUAAGUAUUGAUUCUUCGCUCCCAAGUGGCUUCGCUAGUCCUACAGAUGAACUACCUCCAACUCGUAUCAAGGAAAGCCACAUUUUGGAAGGGCUAAGAAAGCUACAGAAGCGAAAAGUAUUACUUGAACCCCCGUCAGUGAUAACCAAAUGGGGUUACAAAGAUUGCAUGAACUCAAAUGAAGGAAUAUACUCUCCAGGAAUUAAGAGUAGCAGCCUCAAAGAGUGUUCCCCCUGCAAACCAACUGACACAGGGAGCCCCCACAAGAAGCCCCACAAGGCAUUUGUCUUUGAUACAGAUUCCCAUGAUGACGCUGAUGACAGCUCUUCUUCCUUAGUGUUGCUCCAAGCAACCCCAAGCCAGGGCUGCAGGCCCCAUGGUAGUAAGUUAACCCACAGUGUUUCUGACAGUCUGUUUGGCUGGGAGCCAGAUGGAAAACACUUUUCGGAAGGCACGUCCUCAGUUUAUCCCAACGAGAGACUUGAAAAGCUGACGAGUUGUGCCAGUACCCGUCUCUUGGAGAGGAACCUGUGCCCAAGUGUGCAGGCGCCUCAGGUACAGAGGGAGAGGGAUCCACACAGCCAGGGCCAUGGCCGCAUGGCUCUCAGUCUCCAGCUUUCAGACACUGAUGACAACGAAACCCUUGGUGAGUUGCACAUAGAGAGUAGUGAUGAGAAAAGUCCUUCAGACUUGUCAUUGGCUGCAGAUACCAAUAAGUCCUUGGAGAACCUGGACGUCCUCAUGGGAUUUGGAAAAUCUCAACUUGAGUCUCCUGAUGAGGAGGAAAAGCAAGUGCCCAUCCACGUAGAGACUAGGCCAAAGACGUUUAGUUUCAUUAAGCAGCAAAGGGUUAUUAAAAGGACUUCUUCAGAAGAGUGUAUUACUGUAAUAUUUGAUGCAGAAGACGGCGAGCCCAUUGAAUUCAGCUCUCACCAGACUGGAGUUGUCACUGUUACCAGAAAUGAAAUUUCCAUCAAUUCAGCCCCCACUGGACCCAAGGCAGAACACACUGAACUUUUACCUCAGGGAAUUACUUGUUUACAGCCAGGAGCAGAUGCAAGAGACUGCCCUUUCUUCAAAAGAUCUGAAGAGGAAACUGAGAAACACAUUCCAAAAGCUACUGUAGAUACUGUUCCCAUGGUGCCCACUGAAUCUUUCAGCCCCAGGACAGUGACACAAAAUACUCAGCACCAAAAGCUGGUCAGGCCAACACACAGCAUGUCAUGUCAGAGUAGUUCUAGGUCUUCGGCAUCCAUGGGCAUUCAUCAAAAGCAAAGUCUGACGAAAAUACCUGCCAGAAGCAAGCCUUCACCUCAGAAAUCAAAACUAAUGGAGCCUGAAGCCUCGACACUAGUCCCCUCUUCUGGCCCGGUGACUCUUGAAAAAUCACCGGCCUUAGCCCCUGGGAAACUCUCACGGUUCACAAAGACUGAGAGCCCAGGGCCCCUCUUUGAAUUACGACCAGAUUCACACAUUCCAAAACACCCCACCCAACUUCCUCACAGCUCCAAAAUGCCCAGCAGGAGAGACUGGGCCCAGUGCUCCACAAGCCACACUCCUGGGUCACGGUCGAGGCCCCUCAUUGCACCAAGUGACAGUGGAGAGCCCCGCACGAGGGAUGGACACUGCGACUCUGGGCCAGAGGCGGGGGUGAGGUCCCCUUCUCCCCCACCCCCUCCCGGCAGGUCAGUCUCCCUGCUGACCAGGCCCAACCAUGAGUAUUCGCCACCACCUUCAACUGCCAAGCCAGAACCCAGAGUCCCUGGCGAAAUAGCAAGGACGCUAUUCAAAUCCCCUCUGCUGAAAGGAACCUCCACUGCUGUUAGUUCUUCUAAUCAGGCCACGACGGAAGUACAGAGGAAGAAACCUUCUGUGGCCUUCAGAAAGCCUAUCUUCACUCACCCACUGCCCUCCACAGAAACAGUGGUUCAGACCAGAUGCCCUGCUCAUGCCCCCUCGGGCUCAUUCUCUGUGAUGGCUCUGGGGCCUCCUAAGGUCUCUCCAAAGAGAGUUGUCCCCAAAACCUCUCCUCACCAAUCUCUUGGGACCACACAAAUGGACACGGGGUUACGGACUCCCAAGAAUUGUCCUUUAACCCAUGAGCCACUGGAAAUACCAUCCUCCAAAAGCGUAUCUCCGGGAAGAAAAGGACAAUGGAAUGACAGUGUCUCCACUUCCCCCAAGCCUUCCUUCUUAGGGGUAAAUGAGUCGCCAUCAUCUCAGGUUAGCAGUGUCUCACCUUCGUCGUCAUCCUCCAAAAGCCAUAGUAGCCCACAUGGUUGUCAGAGCGCUCAUGAGAAAGGGCUGAAGACUCGCCUCCCAGUGGGACUCAAAGUUCUCAUGAAGUCUCCCCAAUUGCUCAGGAAAAGUUCCACGGUGCCAGGGAAACAUGAAAAAGACAGUUUAAAUGAAGCCUCCAAAAGUUCUGUGGCUGUGAGUAAGUCUAAGCCAGAGGACUCCAGGAAUCCAGCAAGCCCUGAUGAGACCACAGGGGGCGGAAAACAUGUGACUACACUGGGUUUACCAGCACAGGACAGUUUAGCCGAAGGGCUUCCCCUGGAAGCAGCACUGCCAGAGUCACUGGAAAGUAGCAUCCUUGGAGCUGAUGGAAGAGAUGAGGUAGAAAAUAGAUCUGUGAAAAGAUCCCUUUCCUCCAGCAAGCCACACCUAAAACCCGCUCUAGGCAUGAAUGGCGCCAAAGCCCGCAGCCAGAGCUUCAGUGCUCACUCAGGAGACAAGCCCUCCACGCCUCCCAUGGAAGGGCCAGGCAAAGUCCGAACUCAGAUUAUUACCAACACUGCUGAGAGAGGCAAUUCUCUUACCCGGCAGAACUCCUCUACCGAAGGCUCUCCCAGCAAGAACCCUGCUACUCUGGGGUCUGAGGGUCUCCCCACUGCUGGGAGGCCCUUGGGGCACCCCUCCUCCAGCCAAGGCUCCCUGGGGAGCUCAGGAAGCUCCAGCAGUCAUCAUGGGAGCCCAAGCAAGUUGCCUUUGAGGAUCCCUCCGAAGUCUGAAGGGCUCCUCAUUCCACCUGGAGAGGGGGGCCAGCAGGCCUAUGCCCAGGGAGAGUGUCCCUGUGUGGUUGUGACUGUGGAGCCAGCCAGUGACCGCUGCAGGCGCCCACCCACCCCAACAGACUGCCCUCAAGCCCUGCAAAGCCCAGGAAGGAUGCAGUGUCCAAGCUAUUUUGAAACAAGCAGGACAUCCAAGUUAGAAACUUCUGGAAGGCAUCCAGAUGCCUCUACAACUGGGACUGGUGCUCUGAGCUCAGAAGCACCCCCCUCACCCACAAUCGAAGAAAAGGUCAUGUUGUGCAUUCAGGAAAACGUGGAAAAGGGCCAAGUGCAAACAAAGUCCACCUCUGUAGAAGCGAAGCAGAAGCCCGGCCCUUCUUUUGCCAGCUGGUUCGGUUUUCGGAAGAGUAGACUUCCAGCCCUCAGUAGCAGGAAAAUGGAGGUCUCCAAAACCAAAGUAGAAAAGAAAGAUGCAAAAGUCUUGGGAUUUGGAAACAAACAACUAAAAUCAGAAAGAAAAAAAGAGAAAAAGAAGCCUGAACUACAGUGUGAGAUAGAAAAUGAGGUGAUCAGGGAUACCACAUCAGCAGAUAGUCCAGACAGUGGUUUACAAAGCAAAAAUAAUUGGAAAACACCACAAGACAUUUACAACCAAAUGAAGUUUGAACCGAGAAAUAGACCCAGCCCUGUUACAUGUUCAUCGAAAGAUACCUUUCUGACGGAACUUUUGAACAGAGUUGAUAAGAAAACAGCUCAACAGACAGAAAGUGGAUCAAAUAAUGUUUCCUGCAGGAAUGUGCUAAAGGGCAGUUCCCAGGGCUCCUGUCUCACCGGCAGCUCUAUCAGCACUCAAGGAAACCACAAGAAAAACAUCAAAACCAAAGCCGAUAUGGAAAUACCGAAAGACUCCCUGAUAAAAGAGGCAAAUGAAAACUUGCAAGAGGAUGAAGAAGAUACAGUUGCAGAUUCUGCAUUUCAGAGCCACAUCAUAGAAUCAAACUGCCAGAUGAGAACACUGGACAGCGGCAUCGGAACCUUCCCACUCCCAGACUCGGGAAAUCGCUCAACGGGACGGUACAUGUGCCAGCCAGACUUCCCAGAGGACGCUGAGCCCCUCCUGCCCCUCCAGCCAGCCCCUUCUGCAGCUGCUUCUAUCAGAGCCCAAACCCUUGAACGUGAAGUGCCUUCCUCCGCAGACAGCCAGCGCCCUGCAGACAGCACCAUCGUCCAUUCCGCCUCCGACCCCGUCAUGACUGCGAGAGGGAUGCAACCUCUCCAAAGCCGCCUCCCCAAACCAGCCUCCUCAGGAAAAAUCAGUUCCCAAAAGCAGAACGAAGCAGAGCCGAGGCCGCAGACUUGUGCGUCAUUCGAAUAUGCUGAAGACCCCAUGGCAAGCGAGCGCCUUCCAGCCUGGGGGGGCGAAGAUGCUGCCGCCGAGACCCAGGACAAGGUACCCAGAAUGUGUGCGUACUCUGCCAGCGAUGGCAGUGAUAGUGACAGUGACCUGGACUGUGGAGAUAAUGGUUUUGGAGCUGGAAGGGGACAGUUAGUGAAAGCACUGAAGAGCGCCGCCCCAGAAAUUGAAACAACUUGAAGAAACAAAAGAAGAUCCUGAGAAUAGAUUAUCUAAAAUUUCCCUGGAGUCGUUCAAUAAAUUUAACAGCAAUACUGUGAUUUUAUUAGAAAAAGAGAAGAACUCUCUGAACAAGGUUGAAGGACAAAAGGAAGAAAAAGAAAAAAAUGAAGAGGCAUCUUUGAGAAUCUCCGAUAGGCCUGGAGUAGACAAUUUGGAAUCUUUGAGUGAUUCUUUAUAUGAUAGUUUCUCUUCCUGUGCCAGUCAAGGUUCAAAUGAUGUAUAAAGGACUUUUCUUCCCUUAGCGAGCUGGGAAUGGAGAGCUUAAGAAACUGGGUGGGGGAGGGGAGUUUGGGGAGGGAUGGCUGGGGUAGAGAUGACAACAAUAAACUAUUCUAACACCAGAGCCUACAUUGUCAAAUUCACAGCAGGCAACCCACCAGAGCUUACUUCUCUGACAGGGCAAUAAGAUAGACUCCAUUUAUUGUGUUAAAAGAGGAUUGAAAGUAAACACACCUACGAUACAGAAUUCUUAAUUUUGCACUUUUUUUUGAAUACUUGUACAGAAGUUGUAAAUUUUUUGGAAGAGAAAUUAUAUUUGUAGCAAAAAAAAUACAAAAAGGACAGCAAUAAAUUGAACCAGUGCCAUGCUCUUGAAAUGAUGUACUAAGUCUUAGAAGUUAAUGAUAAUAUAUAUUUUUUUAAUUCCAACUAAAGUUUUUGUUAAGUUCAUUGUCCUAGUCCUCAGAUUGUUUGUGGGUACACUCCAUAAACCUAAAGCAGGGCCUGCUGAAAUACCAGAGGGUUCAUCUGUCAUCUCUGUCUCACAAUCUCAAUGUGAUAGAAAUGUUAAUUUCACUGCAAUUUCAAAAUUGUUGCCAGAGAGAUUCAGGUUGUAGUCAUAAGUGUAACUCAGCUUCUACUGAAAAAUGAAAAGGGUCCUGAAGUGUGGACACUGAUUGGGAGUGUGACACUAUCAGAAAUUACCCAAUUCUAUUUCCAACAGCAGGUUUUUCCCUCUAGACAUCUCUUUAUAUCCUCUUAGCGCAUCACUAUGUUCCUGAGUAUUAUUUGAUUUUGUUAUCUUCCUGCUCUUUUCAUUAAAAUCUGGGUACUCCAAAAAUGAAAGCAAAUUUCUAUUUGCAGUGUUCACUUUUUUAAAAAUAAAAUAAUUGCUUGGUGCUACGGAAAAUUCUUUUUAAUAUCCUUUUUUUCCUACAAAGACUGUUUAUAUGUAAGGAUAAAUUCUAUUUUAAAGGUUAUGUGUAUUUUUUCUAGAUGUGAACUAUUUAUAAUUGCUUUUGUACAGGAGUUGUAAACUAGGCAUAAUAGAAAUAUUUUUAGGAUCUACAUGGUUACUUUAGUACAUACUUGUUUCUUUAAAGAGUAUUGUAUGAUCAGUGUUACUGGGUUAAUUUGUGCAAUUUGUUACAUUUGAAUUUUAUCUUAAAUGAAAAUUAUGUAAAAUGCCCUUGUCUUUCAGACUUUAAAAAAUCCUUUUGUUUCAUUUCUGAAUAAAAGUUAUAUCACAAUUG